GACGAGGCCAUGGAGCACAGCCACAUCUUCCCUGUUUUUUCCCAAAAUGGGAGCACCUGGAGCCCGGGGCAAAGCCCCUCUGCGGUUGCCCAGGGAUGCCCUCUUGGACCACUGCCUGUCAUCUACUACAGCGUCCUGCUCUGUCUCGGCCUGCCAGAAGCUAACAUCCUGACAGUGGUCAUCCUGUCCCAGCUGGUGCUGCGUCGUCAGAAGUCCUCCUACAACUAUCUCCUGGCUCUGGCAGCCGCCGAUAUCCUAGUCCUACUCCUGAUUGUUUUUGUCGACUUCAUAUUGGAGGAUUUUAUUUUGGCCACGCCGCUGCCUCCUUCGUUAAACAAUGCAGUGCAGGUCCUGGAGUUCUCCUCCAUUCACACCUCCAUCUGGAUCACCGUGCCUCUUACCGUUGACCGCUACAUCGCUGUUUGCCACCCGCUUCGCUACCACACAGUCUCCUACCCGGCCCGCACACGAAGGGUGAUAUUCGCUGUAUAUAUUGGUUGCUUGCUCUCUGCAGCUCCUUAUUACUGGUGGCCUGAGCUGUGGCACAGCCUGCCAGGACUGGGCAGUGGUGGAGGAGGAGGAGGAGAGAGCAACAGGAGAACCGUGGCCCAGCAUGUCCUGGUGUGGGCCCACUGUGCUACCGUCUACCUCCUCCCCUGCACCGUCUUCUUCUCCCUUAACGCCGUUAUCGUUCGCAAGCUACGCAGACGCCGCAGCUGUUUCCGCCUCCGUGGCUAUUCUACUGGCAAGACCACCGCCAUUCUCCUCGCCAUCACCUCCAUUUUCGCUGUUUUGUGGGCACCGCGCACCCUCAUGAUCCUCUACCACUUCUACUCCCCUCCUCCAGCCUCACAAGGUGCCGGCCGACUGCUCCACAUGCUCACUGAUCUGGCAAACAUGCUAGCGCUGCUCAAUACUGGUGUCAAUUUUUUCCUCUACUGUUUCAUCAGCAAGCGUUUCCGGGGCAUGGCGGCCAACGUGCUGCGAGCGCUGGUCCACUGCCGGAAGCAGCCACCGCCGUUCUACGCCAGCCACAGCUUCUCCAUCACAAGCAGUCCCUGGAUCUCACCAGCCAACUCCCACUGCAUCAAGAUGUUGGUGUACCAGUAUGACAAAAAUGGGAAGCCCAUCUGUAUUUCCUCCUGA